AUGUUGACGCGCAGCAUGACGCAGCUUCAGGAGAUGCAGGCCAAGACGCUGCAGCGGAUGUUAGAUGAAGAAGCACCGGAAGCGGUUAAGUCGUCAGUGCCUGUGUUACCGCCGCUACCAUCGCCUGAAGGGAUCUCAACGGGCAUAGUUCUGCAAGACUGGUUGGCGCAGAUCGCCAUUGCAAUGCAGGAUCUAUCACCGUCGUCGGGAGCCUGGUGGACUGAGGUGAUGGAGGCGGUGCAAACAACAUACACGCGAUGGUUGGGAUCCACUCCGCUAGAGCGCCUUCAACUACAACCACUACAGUACAAAAGGCUUUCGGAGGGGAAGUGGACUCGUGUGAAUGCCAGAGCAUGCGCAAUGUUACUACAGAGCUUGACAGAAGUGAUUAAGCAGGACCUGAUCGCCAGACGAGUGGUUCAGCACACAGUGCUGAUAAUGUUCAGGUUACACACGAUGUACCAGCCAGGAGGCGCAUCAGAGAAGACACUGGUCCUUGGAAACCUGCAAUCACCAGUUUCGUGCGAUAGCCUGGAUGAUGCACUGGCGUGGCUUCGCGCAUGGCCGAGAUGGAUACAGCGAUGCCAAGAUCUUAGUAUGAUGUGUCCGGACGGGACGGUGCUGGCUAAAACGCUGACUGCUGUUACAUCCAAGUUUAUAGCUGAAGGAGGAGAUGCUCAGUUCAGAACACAGCUGUUGAGGUCCACGCUGCGCAUCGACGGGCAGCCAUCCCUGGAUGACGUAAAGCGCUAUCAUCAGCAUUUGCAGGCUGAGUUAGAAUCGGCAGCGGUGUCACGAACUCUUCCUCCAGCACUACUACCUCGCGUUAAGGCGAUUGGAGUAGGGGCACAGCAAGAGCGCUCAACUUCGUCAGUGUCAUCGCCUACGUCACAAAGUAAGACUCCGUGCAAGUACUUCUUUAAGGCCUCGGGCUGCAGAAGAGGGCAGAAGUGUCCGUAUGGACAUGACAUGUCCAACCUCACAAAGCAGGACAGAUCUAAGAAGUGCUUGAGCUGCGGGGCGGAAGAUCAUCGGCAGCGAGAUUGCCCUACAAAGGUGAGCAGGCCGGGACAGCGGUCUACGGGGUCCAGCGACCAUGGCGGGGGAGCAGCGUCUACAGUGUCGAGCCCUACGGCGCCAAGAGUGCAAAGAGCGGAGCCUGAAGGGGAGGCUUCACCAUCAGCUUCAGGAGGAGUUGUGGCGGCCGAGCCGGUGUGGACUCUGGAAACACUGCUGCAGGCAGCGGCCAAGGUGGCUGGUGCAAAGGCCGCUCCGACGAGCCCGUCUCUCAAUGUGAUUUCCCUCAGGGCUCAUCGCCCGUUGUCUGGAGGCUUGCAAACGUAUGCCUUAGUGGACUCUGGUGCAACUCAUGCGUUGAGGAGAGCAGCUUCGGAAGAUGAGUGGAGCGCAUCGCACCCGGUUGUUGUGAACCUGGCAGGUGGGGAAUCAAUAUCACUCAGAAUGAAUGACGCGGGGACUAUCUUGGUUCCUUCAACGGCGAGUGAUGCCGGGGGAGGGGCUCCAAUAGUACCUCUCGGGGCUCUGGUGGGACAGCUGGGCUACACUAUGACCUGGAGUGGCACUAAGUGUCGACUAGAAGGACGACAAGGAGAAUGCUUCAAUCUUCGAGUGCGUGAUGGCUGUCCAGAGAUCGCUGAGCAUGACGCGCUACAAUUAAUAGCCAAACUCGAGGACAGCAACCUGGAAGAGCUGAAGAGCAAUAUUAAGCGCACGAGACAAAAAGUGAGAACAGCUGCAAUGAUGAUGGAGAGGAACUGGUUUGACUAUCUCCAGAACUAUGCGCAGGGCGGCAUUGCUACAGAAGCACUUAAAGCCAUAGAAGCAGCACCUUUCUUUCGUGAUCUACCACAACCGUGCUUGGAGGGGUUUGUCGAUGCGGUUCCAGAGCAAAAUGGGUGGGAAGUUCUGAAGGGCCUACAGCAUUUGAACCGCAGAACUCGCAAGCGACUGUGGAGCUCAGACAAAUGGGUGGUUCAUCUAUUCGCGGGAGAAAGAGAAAAGCGGGAGCUACUUCACCUGGAAGCGCAUGGCUACACCAUCUUAGAGCUGGAUAUCGAGAGGGGAAAGACCCAGGAAGAUGUUCGGGAGGUCAAUAAGCAGACGCAGCUCAUCGCCAGGAUGAUCUACCUGCAUGCAUUGGCCACAGCUGGGAGGAUUACGCAUCCCAAAGAUCCAACAUAUCAGAGAGAGGUGGGUUUCCUGCUAGAGCAUCCUCGAGAUCCCCGGGGGUAUUUGAAGUAUGGAGAUCCUCUAUAUCCGGGAGUAGUAAGUUUGUGGAGAAUGUCAUUGUGGACGGAGUAUGCAUUGGAGGCAGGAAUGCACACUUACAGCUUUGACAUGGCAGCACUGGGAAAGGUGUAUACGAGACACACGACAUGCGGUACCAACCUACCUCUACGACACCUGGAUAGACUCAGGUCGCGACUGUACUCAGAUGGUCCAGUGCCAGAAAGGGCACCUGCGUGUGUUUGGCCGGCAGAAUUCCUGGAGCAUGUCACAAUCGCAUUGAGAAACUGGGGAACGGUACCGCGAAUGGUAAGGAUGAGCGCUGAGCAGUGGAAGGACCAUGUGAGAAGGGGCCAUUUACCGUACAGAGCCGACUGCGCAGUAUGUGUACAAGCGGGUGGAACAGGUCGUCGUCACGCCCGCCUUGAGCACCCUGCAGCAUUUGUUCUAUCUUCGGAUUUAUCUGGUCCAGUGAAGGUGGGUGGUUCAGAUCCCGAUGCUCGAGGUGCCUUCCCAAAGCAGUUCAAGUAUAUCUUCGUGGCUAAGUUGCGAGUCCCAAAAUCGUUUGUGGAGGACGGCCGAGGGACCUGGGUUGAAUAUGACGAUGGAGAACUGGGCGAAGAAGAUUACAAGGAUGAAGAUGAUGGUCUCGCGUCUGAACAUGGAGAACAAGUUGAAAGGGAAGGCAUAGAACCCAAGGAAGUGGUACCUGACAGAGGGGAAGCUGAAGCUGAGGAGGAUGAUGAUGUCCGCAAGAAACUUGACCCCGAAGAGGACAUUGACUUGGCGCCCCCGGAGUUGGUCAACUUGAUCUUCGCUACCGGAAUCCGAGACGAAAAGGCAGCUACAGUUCUGGAAGCAACACAGGACGUGGUAUUGUACUGUCAAGCGCUGAAUAUACCAGUCCUACGAUUUCACUCGGAUCGAGGUAUGGAGUUUCAGGCGAGAGCAACAAAGCAAUGGUUGAAAUCGCAAGGUAUUCGAGUGAUGACCUCAGAAGCUGGAGUCCAUCAAACCAAUGGGGCUGCGGAGUCUACCGUACGAUGGAUAAAGCAGAGGGUUAUGGUAAGGAAAAGACAAUUGGAAGGGCCCAAGCUGGACGAUUUGACACCAAAGUGGGUACAUGGGUACUAUGUUGGGCGGUCAGAAAGCUUGAGUAAAGGACAUUUGGUAUUCGUUCAGGAGGAGGAUAGUGGACGCUUUAUCCAUACUCUUCAUGUUCGAGCCGGAUUACAUGAUCCUGGUCCAGUAGAAGCGGAUGUUGAUGCUGAUGAGCCAGCGGGACCUAGCAGAAGAGUUCGUGGGAAAUCCGCAGGUUCAGGAGAUGUGGUCGCGUUGUCAAAGGCUGUGAUCCUCGAUGAUGCGGACUACAAAAGGCGAGCGGAGCAGUUGAUGACGACGUGGUCACAGGAGGAGGCUAAGGUGUUGAUCAAGGAAGUUUGUCAGCAGUUACCAGCUUCAGAAAACGUAUAUGGAAUGUUCAGGUAUGGUGGGAAAGCAGGUGUAACCCGCGCUACAUUGGAGAGACCCUGGUUCACUGCAGUCCUGUUGAAAAUGCUAAAGGACAAAGUGCCAGACGCAGAGUUCGCAUCCAUCUACGUUUCCGUCAACAAUCAGCGAGAAGUUCACAUCGACCGGAAUAACGCCAUGGGCACCAUAAACUACAUAUUGCCACUGACUAUGCCGCGUCGCGGGGGUGAAAUAUGGCAAGAACUACGUGAUGGAGAUGUUGUAUCCGGUCGAGUAACUGAACUUACUUCGCAGGAUGGAAAGACGAGGUAUGGUUGCGCUUAUCCAUUGCAAGCUGGGGAGAUCUUCUGCUUGAACCCACAUCGAAGACACGCCGUACUACCUUCUUCUGGAGAUCGCCUGGUGUUGGUGGGUUAUACUCCAGGAAUGCUUCAGAACCUACAGCGCACAGACAGAGCACUGUUGUGGAAGUUGGGUUUCCCUAUGCCACUACGGGAUGAUGAGGAAGGUGGUGAUGUAAGAGUCAGCAUGCUGAGUGUGCGAGAUCUUCAUGGCAGGACGGAGGACAAGGGCAUCAUCGUGGAGGAUGUUGGAUAUCCACGGGAUCCUGGGAGGAGCAAAGCUGCAUCUACUACUAGCAGUACGGCGAGUGAAAGUAAUCCAGGAAUACCCAGUGAAGAUUGGUUGUCAUGGGAGCUUUACUUGAGCCUGGAUGGAGUUGAUUCAGGAGCUGCUUUGGUGGGUACAGAUUCUUGGGAUGAAGUGGUGCUACGCAAGGCAGAAGUGGGGUUCACUGAGAAUGUGGAAGAUAUCCUGAAUGCCUUGAAUAGCCCGCUAAACAUUGUGCACACGGUGAAUCCCAAGGAGGUUGUGCAGUAUUUUGAUGAGUGGAUACCGUCCCUGAACAAGGAGAUUGCGUCGCUGGAGCAUGCAGUUGAAAAGGUCCAUAGUAGUGAUCAGCAAGUCUGCAAAGACCUCGAGGCUGGCCAGGGGCAAGUUAUUCCUAUGAAAGUGGUUUUUACAGUUAAACCGCCGGACAUGCCAGCGGACGGGAGUGUGCCAGAGAGGUGGUACAAGAGAAAAUCGAGAAUCGUGAUAUGCGGAAAUUUGGCGUCGCACCAACCUGGGGAAGUCUACACGAACACAGCUCCGGCAGAGGUGGUGCGAGCAGCAAUCGCCAUAGCCCGCAUGUUCAAUUGGGAUUUGGGCAUCAUAGAUGUCGUGGCCGCCUUUUUACAGACGCCCCUGGAAGGGUUGAAAGGCGCACCUCUCGUGUAUGGCAUUCCCCCUAAACUCUUGGUGAAGGCUGGACUAUGCAAGCCUGGGGAAUUGUGGAAGCUAACUCAUGCAGUAUAUGGGCUACAGGAGUCACCAAAGCUAUGGGGUAUGUACAGAGAUAUUCGAUUGGCGCAAAUACAACUGGUCUUUGAGGGCAAGAAGGUGGUGCUCAUGCAAGGAAGGGUGGAACCUUCGUGGUGGUCAAUUCUACAAGAAGGCUCUCAGUUGAUUGGAAUAUUGGUGGUGUACGUCGAUGAUAUUUUACUGUGUGGAAGGCCUGAGCUGAUCAAGGAGAUUGCGUCCGCCAUCAGAGAGGUAUGGAAGACGAGUGAUCUACAGCUGGUGUCUGAAGGGGCAAUAAGAUUCCUGGGCAUCGAGAUAUCUAUGUGCACACAAGGCUUUGCUUUGACGCAAAAAUCGUACAUAGAGGAGUUGGUCAGACUACAUCAGGUUCCACCAACGCGUCGUGACCUUAUUCCGAUCUCGAAGGACUUGGCGAACUUCAGUGUGGAGGAGCACGAGGGGGUCUACACGGAGCAGGAGCUGCGAAAGGCUCAGCAGUGCGCAGGGGAAUUACUGUGGAUAUCCCAGCGCACCCGUCCAGAUUUGAGUUAUGUAGCAUCCCUAGUAGGGUCUCUUUCUACUCGGGCGCCGAGACGAGCCACACAGAUAGCAGAGAAGGCUAUCGCGUUUCUGCAGAGGACGAUGAGCUAUGCCUUAGUAUACUCAGGCGACAACUCUGGCCUGGUGGGAUACUGCGAUGCCAGCUUUGCUCCAGAUGGGAGCCGCAGUCAUUCGGCGUGGUUGGUGCUUUUGAACGACUGCGUUAUCUCAUGGAGAUCAGGGAGACAGAGCACAAUAACAUUGAGCACCGCGGAAUCGGAGCUUACAGCUAUGUCAGAGGUGGUCCUGGCAUUACAAAGUGUGGAUUCAAUGCUUCGAGAUGUUCUACCCGGAGGCCAGAAGUUACAGCUAUACUCAGACUCAACGUCGGCGCUAGCUAUCGCAAAUGGUAGUGGAAGCUGGAGAACAAGACAUCUACGCCUUCGGAGUGCCUGGGUUUCAGAACUGAUAGCAAAUCAAGCAAUAACAGUGCAUCACUGCAUUGGAGAAGUGCAGCCAGCGGACCUACUUACCAAAGCGUUGGCUUCACAAAGAAUGAGGUCGCUAUCCAAACUGAUCAACCUCUACGAUCCUGAAGACGAUGAGGGUGGCGGUGACGUCAGCGGCAGCAGCAGCAUCAACAUCAGCAGCAUUAACGCCGGCAGCAGCGCAGCCUGUGCCCCUAAAGAAAUCCCUAAGGGUUUAAUAGCACUCCUAGUUCUGUCGCAAGCCGUGACUGGAAGCGCCUACAACUGGGAGGAAGAGGAGGCAGUGGUUGUGAAGACAGCACUGGCUGUUGACUAUGGGAUGCUAACGUGGGCGUUCCUUUGGGCGACAGUCGUGGUGUUCUUGAUCACUUGGGAGCUGUUGAAAUGGUUGAUGUGGCUAGCUUAUGACAAGGUUGUUCCUGGAGCGAGUUCUAGGCGGAUGAGAAGACUGCAGAAGCUGCGUAGUGCGACUACCGAGGCAAUACAGAGGGAGAUUCAAGCCAGGAGUGGAACCCGGAGUGAGCAAAGGGCUCACGACGCAAAUGUUCUGCCCCCUGCCCAGAAGCUGGAUCCUCCUCGGGCAAAGCCAGACGCGUUGCCCAAGCCGGAAGUCGAUGCGAACGCAGAAGAGCGGAUCCAACUUCUCAGAAGGUUGACUCAGGGAACAAAGGAGACUAGAGAGUGCGGUGUGCAGUCUGGAGUGUUUACUCCGUGUGGGCCGGCUCCAGAGACAAGAGUCAUCCUUCGUUAUGUCCACGAACCACCAGGAGAAACCUUCUUUGUGCCAGGGAACGAAUGCUACCACGUCUAUGGAGAUUGCCAUGCCUUUCGACACAGAGGAACUGCAGACCGCGUAGAGAAGCGCAGAAUCUGUCAGUACUGUGUCAACCGAGCUCAAGAUGACCCAGACAAAAGUGCAGACUAUGGAAGAGAUUUAGAGCGGGCUAGGGAGUACGAGCGGGUUUUCAACUCUCAGCUGCGAGUGUCGGGACAGAGCGUGGCGUCGGCUUCGAGUGAUGCAGCCUAG